GUGACCUGUUUAUAAGAUAACAAGCUGUCAGCACAGCUUCACCCCAGAAUGGCUUAGAUAGUUUAGCCAUACUCAGCAUGCAACGAACUUUCUCCAUAAUGGUCCGAUUCAUUCUUUCGGCUACACCAUUGUGUUGCGGAGUUCGUGGAACCGUCUUCUCAUGUCUGAUUCCAUAUGCGGCGCAAUAUGCUGAGAACUCUCGGGAAGUGUACUCUCCUCCAUUGUCUGAACGUAGACACUUCAGCUUCUUCCCUGUUUCUGUUUCUACUAUGGCAUGAAAUAAUCUGAAGCGAUCAAACACUUGAUCCUUACUCUUCAAACAAUAAGCCCAUACCUUUCGUGAUGCAUCAUCAAUGAAUGUCACGAAAUAUCUGCUUCCUCCAAGUGACUCCUCUUCAAUGGGUCCGCAUACAUCAGAGUGUACAAGACUGAGUAACUCUGAAUGGUUCUUCCUGGUAGAACUGAAGGAAACCCUGUGUUGUUUCCCGAAUAGACAGUGCUCGCAUGGAUCUAAGGCAACACCUUUGCCCAUGGAAAUCCUUUCCUUCCUAGCAAGAGUUGUCAAUCCCUUCACGCUUAAGUGGCCUAACCUCCGGUGCCACAAGUUUGGUGAUAUCUCUUCUUCAACAGCAUUGAGACUCGGAUGACACAACUUUGCAUGAGUUUUAUACAGAGUACCACAAAUAUGGCCUCUUGCAACAACCAAGGAACCUUUAGAUAACUUCCACGUACCUUCUUUGAAUCUGUUAAGAUAUCCUUGUGAUAUCAUGUUAAUUAGACGACCUCAAAAUCUUCUAAGGACUCUAUGUAUUGGAAAUUGUUGUAUAUGACUUGGCCAAAAAAUUCAGAAUAAAAAUGUGAAGUACGACGAGUGUUCUCAUAUUUAUUCUUAUUAUAUUUUGACCUUUAUAUGUAGGUUGAUGUAUUUUAUUCUACUCUCACAGAAGCAACAGAAUGGAGCUCACAUACACACCUCACAAUAUAUUCUCUAAUAAUGGAAGUCAAUUUGAAUACAAAAAGGAGAAGUAACAAAGGUUAAGUCAGGCCGGUGAAUCGAGCUGAAGAUAUAACUGAGUUGUAGAUUGACAGCUCGUUUGGUAGCAAAAAAAUUGGUUGAUUUGGCUGAAAUUUAUGAAGUUCUGGCUGAAUUGGCCGAUUCUGCUGAUUUAAGGGGAAACAUAUUAAAAUAUAUUUUAUUAAUAAAAUAAAGAAAAAAUAUAUACAAAUAGCCAAAAUGGUCAUCUAUAGUAACUUCAACCAAUCCAGCCACAAAAAUAACUUCAACCUUACUUUUUCUGCUUAUUACACAACUCAGCGCGCAAAAGUAAAAGUUGCGUGUUUGGUGAAAAAGUUGGUUGAUAAGUCUCAUAAGCCGAAAAACAUGUUGUCAAACGGCCUCUCGGUGUUAGCCAAAAUAAUGACACAAUUAUUACCUAUCACCUUUCAUUAGACCAAAAUAUGACUGAAAUGGUCUUAGACAAAAAACUGAUCCGGAUUUCACGUUUCCAUUUUUUUCUUCUGCACCUUUUUCUUCUGCGCUCUAAGACCGAAGAAGCUCCACCAUGCUCAUCGCCGAAGACCAUCCACCACGUUUCCGCCGCCACAAGCAACCAUCUCCCCAGGCCAUCUCCAUCGCAGAGAGCUUCUCGGCAAUAAACUAACUUCGCCGGCAGACCUGCCUUGCGGCAAUGAAGAAGUCGAUCCGUCUCUCAUUGCACCAGUUCGUCUUUCUUCUUCGCAUCUGCUCUAUCGUAGUCGGCAUCAUCGUCCAUGAUUACUAGAUUUUCAAAUUGUAAAAUUGAACUCCCAAAUCACCACAAAACCCUAUAUCUGAAGUUGGGGGCAUAGUGUGAUGUUGGGGCAGGGUGCAAUGUUGGGGCAAAAUUGAGUUGAAAGGGAUUGAGGCUGAGGGUCUGAGGUGGCGCUGGCGGCGACCGGCAAGGCAUGGGAAAGGCUAGUAGGCCUAGGGACGGUGCUAGGACUUCAGGGAGAGGGGCGGGGCUGGAAAGGUAGGGCAAGUGGGACAAGGGUAAAACAGAGGUUGUGCAGGCAGUGACCGGGGGUGGUGACAGGGGCGGCAGCGUAGUGAGUCGCCGGAAAAGGCCGCCGGAAAAUUUUUCGGCGGUCAUAAUGACAUGUUUCACGGCUUCGGGUGUCACUGUGGCAGCAUCACUGUAGCGGCGUCACUAUGGUCGGCCGGUGACCAGCGGCGGCGACAAUGGCAUGAGCAAUACCGAGUGACACGCGACAGUGACAUGAAAAUGACAGCGUCACUAUAACGGUGUCACUAUGGCAGUGAUGGUGGCGGUGUAAUUGGCGUGAAAAAAAUUAGACGGUGCCGACUCUUAGUUAAAAAAACGAACACAGUGACAUGAAGUUUUUACAGUGACAUCAUGUUUUCUAAAUCCAUAUAUAUGACCUUCUUGAUCACUUUUUUGCCCCUUUUUAAAAGUGAUCACUUUUUUGGUAAUUGGUUCAAAAUUAGUAAUAUUCAAGUAGAAUCCCCUUUAAUCAGCAGGCAGGUACUUUACUGAAACAUUUAGUCAUGUUGUUAAACUCACUACUGUUCGUCUUGUCCUUACCUUAGCCGUGUCUUUUGAUUGGCCCAUUCGCCAACUUGAUGUUCAAAAUGCUUUUCUUCAUGGUAAUUUGACCGAGGAAGUAUAUAUGCGUCAGCCUCCAGGUUUUGUUCAUCCUUAGUUUCCCCACCAUCUGUGUCGGCUUCGUAAAGUCAUUUAUGGUCUUAAACAAGCACCUCGUGCUUGGUUUAACCGUUUUGGUAGUUUUCUUCUCUCUCAUGGUUUUACUUGCAGACGGUCUGAUAAUUCUUUAUUUAUUUUUUGGCGUAAUUCUGAUAUUAUUUACCUGCUACUAUAUGUUGAUGAUAUCAUUGUUACAGGUAAUUCUCUUAAACUAGUUACUCAUUUUUUAUCUCUCCUGAAUAAAUGUUUUCCAUGAAGGACUUAAGUGAUUUACAUUAUUUCCUUGGCAUUCAUGUUUCUCGUACUCCUUAUGGUCUGUUUCUAUCUCAGCAAAAAUAUAUAUUUGAUCUUCUUCAUCAUUUUCAUUUACAUACUUUUAAACCUGUGCGCUAACCUCUUCCUAGUCGUACUAAACUUUCCCUUACUGAUGGAGAGCUCCUGGAUGAUGCCACAGAGUACAGACGUAUGGUAGGUGCAUUACAGUAUUUGACUUUGACUCGACCAGAUAUUACUUUUGUUGUACACCUGGUUUCUCAGUUUAUGCAUGCUCCACGCACUUCACAUAUGUUGGCUGUUAAGCGUAUUUUCAGGUAUCUCUGGGGCACAUCCACUCAUGGUCUCCUCUUACAGUCUUCACGUGGCUCUACCGAGAUCAUUGCUUAUUCUGAUGCUGAUUGGGUUGGAUGUCCUGACACAGAAGCAGCCUACUGUCUCUCGCUCUUCCACAGAAGCUGAAUACCAAGCCAUAGCUUACACAGUUCAGGAUACUCUUCACAUACGAUCAGUGUUGUUCGAAUUGGGAUUUCCUGUUCGCGUUCCGACUACUCUGUACUGUGAUAAUGUAUCUGCUUCAUAUCUGUCUGUUAAUCUCGUCCAGCAUGCCAGGAGUAAACAUAUUAAUAUUGACUACCAUUUUGUUCGUGAACGAGUUGCUCGUGGUGAUCUUCGGAUUAAGUAUGUUCCUACACAGGCUCAGCUAGCAGAUAUUUUUACUAAGUGUUUGUCCCCACAACGUUUCACUCUUCUUCGUGACAAUAUGCGCAUUGUUUCCCCUGCACAGCUUGAGGGAGUGUGAUAGAGUAGAUUUAUUAUUAUUUAUUAUUGUAGAACUCAUAUUGUAAUAUUGAACUCUUUCUAUUAUAAAUAUAUCUGU